AUGGCCAAAGACGAAUCUAAAAAGGAGAAGAAAUCCAAGCGCAAGUCCGACGUGGCUGCCAUGGAUGUCGACGUGACCGACGUCGAAGCCUCCCCAUCCAAGAAGGACAAGAAGGACAAGAAGGAAAAGAAGAUCAAGGUCGAGGUGGACGUUGAUGCUGGAUCGGAUGAUGAAGAGGCGGAAUCCUCGUCCCUCGACAUUUCCGAAAUCGCUCAACCUCUGGCGCAGCCCAAGAUGAGCAAGAAGCUCUUCAAGCUCACCAAAAAGGCGUCCAAGUCGCGCGGUCACGUCAAGCGCGGGGUCAAGGAGGUCGUCAAGGCUCUCCGAAAGGGCGAGAAGGGCCUUGUCGUCUUGGCAGGCGACAUUUCGCCCAUCGACAUCUUGUCCCACAUCCCCGUCCUCUGCGAAGACACCAGCAACCCAUACAUCUUUGUCAGCUCCAAGGAGUCCCUGGGCGCAGCAAGCGCAACCAAACGCCCCACGAGCUGCGUCAUGAUUGUCCCCGGUGGCGGCAAGAAGGCGGCUGCCAAGGGCAAGGACGCAACAAAGCCAAAGGAGGACUACUCGGACGACUACGCCAGCCUGCACAAGCAGAUCCAGGCUCUCAGCGAUGAGGUCGCCAUGGCCAUCUAA